AGGCAAAAUAUUGCUGAUAAGUUGUGUCCACCUCCAACUCAUUUUUUUCUCUCUCUCUCUUCGUCCUCUGUACCUCACCGGUCCUGCAGACAUACAUAAUUAAGUUCAGGCCCUCCCCCUCCAUACUCCUCCCUCCCCAGCCAUAUCCAGCACCCCCCACCGUUUAUCUCAUUCAUCAUUUACAAAGACAGAAAAUAAACACACCAUUAAUUACAUAAGCCCGAGUGACCAGCUCAACAAGCCAAACUGCCAUCUACUGUAGCUACCCCAACAAAGGAAGUCUGGAUGGAUGUACGCUGCGGAAACGCUCUCCACUACGGUUCGUCGCUCUGGAUAAGAGCGCCCGCCAAAUGACAGUUAUGUAAAACGUCAUAUAAAAACAGAGGAAAGACGCAAUUAAGGGAGACGGACAGCAACAAAACCGAGGAAUUAAAGAAAGCGGCACAGUCACGGCGCUGUUACCUGAGCCGUAUUUUUAUAUUUAUUUGUCAGUUUUAUUUUGUGCUUUGCUAAAAUAAAAAUAAAAAUAAAAAACACAGAUGUGAAGUAUUCCCCUAUGUUUCUCCCCACACAGUCUACAAAACCAUGCCUAACCAUGCAUAUCCUGCACAACAGACUGUCAUAUUAUAUUCUUUUCAUUUCAUUAUUUAACAACAAUCCACAAUCCACCCUCUCUGUCCGUCUAUUUACGUAAAUGCAAUGUAUGUCUCCACUGCUCUCUGUUUGGCUUCAGUUUUUCUGCCUGACCACUAACUUUUCUCUCCCUCUCUCUCUCUUUCUCUCUGUCUCUGGUUUUCUCUCACUCCCUCUCUUUCUGUCUCCCUCUGUCUCUCUCUCUCUGUGCAGGAUGUGUGGUAUGGACGUGGACCUGGAGGGCGAGGGAGCAGGAGAGGGGGAGGAGGAAGAGAAGGAGCAGGAGGAGGAGUACGACGUCGGGGAGCGCGUGCGGAUGCUGCCCCCGCCAACGGCGCACAGCGGAGCGGGGGUGUGGGGGGCCCGGCGGGGCCCGGCCGGGCGCCUGGUCUGGGGCGCAGGGCUGGCGCUGUGGAACGCGGGCGUGGCGGCCGCGGCCGCGCUGCUCCUGGCCGCCGUGUUCACCCUGGUGCUGCUGCCCGCCACCCUGCUGCUGUCCGCCGGGUUCCUCUGCCACUCGAGGGUGCUGAACUCCCCUCUGCCGCUCUGCGGCUACCUGGACGACAACAGCUGCUCCGCCCUCAUCAUCCUGGGCUUCGUCAUGAUGUCGCCCCUGGUGGUGCUGGCGGCGGCCAUGUUCUGCGGGCUGGUGCGCAGGCUCCGCCUCCUCCUGCUGUUUCAGCCAAUGUCGCGCGCCUGUUACCGUGGCGGUGGCGGCUGGGGCUGGGGCAAGAAUGUUCGGGCCUGGGUCUGACUCUGAGGGCUCCACCCCCCUCCACCCCCCCCCCUCCCCGGUGUUCCUGGAAAGAUGAUGUGUCCUCUGCCGUGUGUUUCACCCAAACUGUAAUUACUAUAGCCAUGUAACUAUUGGACAUUCUGUAUCCAAACCAGGAAGAGUUGACACUGCCCUGUGAUUUAUGAUUUUGGGGUCUCCCUUCUUCUGGUGCCGGAGGGUCACCAUAUGUCACAGAUCACAGGUAAACCACUUUGUUGGCUGGUAGCUUCCUGCUUUGAGCAAAUAGGUAGUUUUACCUUAGACAAUAGUUGACAUUUUCUUGACAAUUGUCUAUUUUAUCAAGUAAACAAAACUUUGUAUCCAGUGCAUCUUUGUCCAAAAGAGUAGGAAAUUGAAACGGUGGGUGUACCAUUUAAUAGUGCUUUUUUAUUUCCUCAGGCGUUAGAAUAUUACCCUACCGCUAUCAGCAAAACCCAUCAGGUAUGGAAAAUCUGUUUAGUGAAUUUGAUUUAAUGGAUUAUUGUUUCAGAUUUUACACUGAGUAGGAAGCUGGUACUUUGUCUAUCAUGGCACAACAAGUAGCUGGGAGAUGGAAAUAAGCUGGUGGAAAUAAUUAGCUGUUUGCACUCGGUUUGGUUUCGUUGCACUUGUUUUGCAUUCUAUUGUAGCUACAGCCUGCACUGAAAAUAUUUCAACAGCAUCCGAGUUAACUCUCUCUUAAGGCGUCUGAAACGUCAAGACAAAUACUGGUGAGGGAUGGAAGGCUAAAAAUACCUUUACAGAUGGAGCAGCUGCUCUUUGUCCAGGAUUUACAAUACAUGUAGCACUUUGCAAAGCUUGGGUUUAACAUAUCACUCAUCUGCACAACCAGAUAUUUCACUGAACCAAUUCAGGUUAUUAAAGUGUCUCUUGAGCACAAUGACACUUUGUAAAAAACAGGACUUGUCCAUGCAACCAACUGAUUAUGGUUUAGCUCCCUUACUAUUAGUCUUCACUGCCUAUCAUUCUACAGGCUCCUGUACAUCGUAGCACAGACGACAACUGAAGCUUUUUUUCGUUCCUGUGCUGUACCUCAUCUACUGGUGCUCAUCUGCAGCUGUCACAACCGACUGUAAUACGGCAUAAAUUCUUCUCAAUUUGUUUGCUGGCUGGCUAGCAUAACAUAAAAAUUAAACAUACAGCUUAAUUGCCUAAUGAAUACAACAAAAUGUGAUGCAUCAUUAAAUACGGCUAAGUCAAUUCCGGUAAUAUAAUCUUAGCAUGAGAAGCUACAGUAAUAUGAAGCCAGUUUAACACGCCCACAGGUUCAGAUGCUAACGGAAUUUAAACGACUCAUCAUAACUUCCAAGCUAAUAAAAAAAAAAAAAAAGAUUAGCCAGCAAGGUUUUAUAAUUAUGAUUAUGUGCUUAUGCAAUAUGUUUUUGAGGGAAUAAAAUCACUCUCUGGGAGAUAAGAAUCCAGGGAGCGCCAAACUACGGGUGGCAUCCGCACAAUUUUUAUUUUACAAAAUAUAAUCCGAUAGGAACAAAUGGAAAAAGCAGAUAUUCCAGCCAACAUUUUUACCACAAGGAGGAAAAAAAGCAUGUCGGUUAUUUAUGAAAGAAAAUGUUCCUGCUGAGAGAAUAAUUUAUGUUGGUUGUUCAAUUUCACAUCCUGGGCUCUCCGUGUUCUUGUCACUUGUCCUACUCUUUUGAAAUACUGCAGAGUGUGGUUAGUUACAACCCCCGUCUGGCCAAAUAUACACAGACAGCCAUGAAUUUGGGCUCAGGCUCAGCUUGGGAAUGAUGGAAACACCAUUUUCUGGUGCAUUGUGGGAUAGCUGAGGUCAGCCUGAGAGAGCCUUCAGAGCUGUAGCACAGGACCAAUGAGAGACGCAGGACUGCUGUCCCUCUGUCCAAUCUGUCUGUCCCACAAACAGGCUCCGCUGCAGCAGGGGCACGCACAGCAUUUAGCUGCACUUAACAGGGGUGCUCACGUCACGGACUGAAGAAAGAGAGCAGCGCUCAUACAGUCAACAAUACUUGUAUUUAUUUGUGUAAUUUAUUUGUAUUUUUAAUGUACUGUACCUACAGUAUGUAUGCACUUUUUUCCCCAAAACUCUGUAGCUGGUGAUUGUAGCAGUCCUGCAUUCAGUCAAAUGUCAUUAAAGAAUGAACAUUUUA